AAGCGGAAAGACUAGAGGUAGUCGCUUCCGCUGCCGCGCACCAUUGAGGCAAGAUGGACGAAAAGUUGAUAUUGACUGUGUUUAAUUUUCCUGAGCUGUACAAUGUAACGCUACCAAAUUAUCGGAGCGGAGAUAGUAGGUCUCAUGCUUGGACAAGAAUCAGCGCCUUGACAGGUCUUCAACUUGAUGAGUGCAAAAGGAAAUGGAAGAACCUAAGGGACAGAUACCUGAAGGAAGUACGACAAGAGAACAGAACUAAGGAGCAGGGAGAGCUUGUCCCGAGUCGCUGGAAAUUCCGCCAACUCCUGAACUUUCUAGCACCUUUCUCAAAAUCAAGAAACGGCACUGUGUCACGUGAUGACGACGACCCUGACAGCCCUGGCGACGUCUCUGAGACCACAGAGGGGGACGUCAAACCUGUUGAAAUGCUCAAGGUAUCUCAGUCGGCCAUAACACCGACCACACAGGCCAGCACCAUGUCCCAGCUAGCCUUUGUGACCCAGCUGUCCCCAGUUUCCCAGGGCCCACAGAUGGCACAGCUGGCUUUCCUGGCAAAGUUACCACCAGGCGCUCAGAUAUCUCCAGUACCCCAGCAGUCUUCCGGACGGAAACGAAGUCAGCCGCGAGAGAUAGAGUCCCCUGCAUCACCGUGCUCAUCUAGCACUUCAGCCAAGUUACCAAUCAAGACUAAGAGACUGGUCAAGGAUGUUGAUGCCACACACACCAGAGCACGGGAUGGGGAUGAGGACGAGUUGUUUCUCUUGAGCUUUGUGCCAGCUUUGAAGAGGCUCGCUCCACAGAAGAGGUGCGAGACCAAGAUGAAAAUCCAACAGAUUUUGUACGAGGCUGAGUUUAGUGUGGCAUCCCCGUGCGACACCCAGGACCACCCCGAUGCAGAGGCCUAGUUUCAUGUUUCAUACAAAGCCAUUUAUUUUCGGUUGAAAGUUUAAGAUCCGAAUAUAUUUGUUUUAUAAUUUCCCCUCCACAAUUGUUUGCUCAAAGUGCAAUUCUAGUUUUUUAAAAGAUGCAUUUGAUUACCUAAGGAUGGUAUUUUCUAUUUUUGACAAUGAUUAACCCAGAACAUUAAAACAUGUUGGAUGUAAA